AUGCGGCUGAGUGAGGGGGCGUGGCUGACUCUGCUGGUUCCCCUGCCCCUGGCGACUCUGGAUGUGGGUCUGUCCCACGUGCGGGAAAUCUCCCAGUCCACAAGGCCUGUGACAGAGCGGCAGAGGUUGGGGGUGUUUCUCCACGUCCGCCUGCCCUGGCGGCAUCUUGACACAGGGAAAAGGAAGCAGGGUAGGAAACAUCCUGGGAGAGGUCUGUGCCCAUCUCAGGAGGUUGACACAGUGACAUCUCCCCAAGGGCGAGAGUCCACAGCCCAGGAGAGCCUUCGUGACCUUGCAGCCCGCAAACAGAUAGAUGGUGCUUUGAGGACUGACACUGACCACUGGCACGCCCCCUGCUGGGGGGCUGAGGGAGAGCACACAAGAGAAUCACUGGGGGAAGAGUUCCGGAGCCCCUAUCCCAUCUUGCUCAGCCCAGAUCUGCCUCUUGCUGAGGCUGGGCUCACUGCAGAGGUCUGGGCAGAGCCAAGGGCUCAGAUUUGCACUGGGCUCAGCAUGACUGUGGGGACUGAACAGAGCUGGUGGCCCAGGAGCUGUGGCUGGGGACAUACACACAGGCCUGGGUCUGUCCCCUUUCCGCCCCCGUCCCAUUACCUCAGCCCUUGUGGGGAAAUGAAACCUGGCCAGAAUGCUUGUGCCCCAGGUCCACCUCCCCUCAUCUAG